AUGCACACCGAGUCCGACGCCCACCCCGAGUGCAAAUCCGAUGGGCGAUAUAAACGUGAGAAAGUUUGUGUGUCUUCCAGGUCGCCAUUGAAUAUUGACUUGGAUAUUCAAGCCGUAGUAGCACAUACACCUUCAAGCACCAUACAUCCGGUUGCCUUUCUUUCGACCUAUUUGCUUGACUCCGGCUCGGAUAGUGCACGUGGAAGACAAAGUAUCUCCUCGCCCUAUGUUUCGUCUCCAGGUUCUCUCCCUGUACAGCAUGCUGCAUCAUCUUCCGGUCUUGGUUCGGUGUCCAACUCUGGUUCGUCGUCGAACCGUUCCGUGUUAUCAAGAUAUGAUUUCCCCUCGCUCUCUGCCUCAAAGCCGCAUUAUACCCAGUCUUCGACUAAAGGUCCCUCCCAAGACAUUACACUUUCAAACGAUAUUUUGCGUUAUGCCCGCCCAGAAAACAUAACACAUGAAACCAAUCUGGUGGCCUCUGCGUCUGACAUUCCCUUGCCCCCAUCCUCUUUUGGCACAAUGCCGCUUGUUUAUCCGCACAGAGCCUUUGAUCGGAUCUCCCCGUCUGCGGAAGAUUCUCACCCGCGCACGGGGUACGACAGCGAACGUAUUGCCCCGCAUGCUCGCUCAUACUCCGACAUGCGUCCGUCCCCAGUGCGCCCGUCCAACACAUUCCAUGGAACUACCCCGGCUAACCGUGGCACUAAUCGCAAAGGAACACAAAAGUCCCGAGCCGCAAUCCGUGACUCUGCGUCCUCUUCUGCACGUCCGGAAGGAGACUUUCAUCGUAGCAACUUGAACACGCAUGACUCUGGUGUGCGCCAAGACAAAACUACUACUUCGCCCUGCCUCACUUGCUUUCCCCCGCUAAAGUGCGAGGAAGUGCCUCCCAAUUGGUCCACCACAUGCCCAUAUUGCUCCAACAUCAUCGAAGAGACCUACUUGCCCGAACACGUCUUGAUUCACAAGGAAUUCUUCGCUCCUGCUUUCUGUGGAGGGCUACCCAGAUCGGACGCCAUCAAGGUGGGCGUUAACUUAAAGAUGGCGAAGAAGUUUGAAUACAAGGGUGAAGUUUAUUACGGCGGGUGCCUGCAAAAUUUUUGUCACACCCCCGCCUUGGUUAGGCAUCUGACGGGUCAGGAGGGCUGUGUCGGGAACCCUAAUGCACCUUACAACCUCGCCAUGCAAUCGUAG